UUUUUCUUAUUGGAAAGGAGAAAAUGAAGUGACUGUAAAAUAAUAUAAUUUCCUUACAGCAAAACAACAGAGAACCAACUUUUCCUUUUUUCACAUUACCCAAUAAUUCUAAGACUCAGGGUUUUGUCACGUUACAGCAAAUCCCAUUCAUUAGGGGGAAGUCGGAAGUCAGAACAGUGUGUGCUAUUCAAAUUCUCAAUGAAUAAUUAACUCAAAUGUGUUCAGAGUGCUAUAAAAUGAAAUUAAUUUAUUUUUAGUUUAACCCAAAAUCCCCAAUCACUUGCCAAAUGAUCCUCUAUGUAUCCUACAUAAAGGAUAGGCUCUUUCUGGCAGAAAACCAUUGAAGUUUUUAUUUGCAGUAAGAGAAGCAUGCCUUCUUAUUAUCAAACAGGUGCAUGGUCCCCUUGCGGGGGGGCGCCCGUCACCCGCGUCCCCGUGCGUCACGGCGUUGCCGCACACCAUUAACACAUCAAAAUGGAAAAGGAAAUGUAAGCAGUGUUUGCCGUCCAAAGUUCACAUCAACAAUUCCUUAUUAGGAAGGCACUUCUGAGCCUUUCCUCCGGCAUCUGGGAGCUGCCAGCAACCCAGUUCCAGGAGAGAAAAUAGCUUGACACCUCCUGCAGCCCAUGGAGUCCUCUUGUUGGGACAAGGACCCCCCAGGAGAGAGGAGCCCCCAGCAAAGUCAACACUGGAGGGCCAGAGACCAUGGUGCCCGGGGCUGUGGACCACGCCAGCCGACAGCCACUGCAAGCCCCAGACCGGGGCUGUGGAUCACGCCAGCCCACGGCAGCCGCAUGCCCCAGACCAACACGAGAAGAACGCAGGCUGACAACAUCUUUGUCUAUGCUCUCGCCACACUCAGUCAGUGUCCACUGGGGGCCUCGGGGGCACCUCCACCUGCCCAGGUCUGGGACCACCAUCCUCCACGCAUAUCUACAGACCCUGUCCUCACCUGCAUCACACCAAUGACGGCAUCACGGUGUGAGUUCCGGUCACCAGUUGGCCUCCCCCACCAACGUGGACUCCUUACGAGCAGGACCACCAACGUGGAUGCGAUCCCAUCAGGAACCACCUACUUUUGUGUCCCCAGCACCGUGCUCAGGUCCCAGGGAGGCCCCAGCAAACUAUGGAACAACCAAACUAGUGACUGAAUGAACAAGUAUGUUAAGUUGUUAAGUAGAAAAUAGCAGAAGACUUAGUAGAAUGCAUGAGUAACAAUUACGAUUGUAUGAAAAUCAGUAUCCAUGUGGAAGGUAUUAUGCAAAAAAAAGCUUCACUUUGUUUCAGUGCCUUUCCAAUUAAAUGUUGUUAAGCAGUAUUUCCCCCAAAAGGUGCGUCUUUUAUAAAACAAGAACACAAGGCUCUGA